CACCCCAUCCCAUUUACAUGUCCCCGCUCUCUCUCUCCCUCUCUCUCUCAGAAUCCAAUUUCAGUACACCCUCGCCAUGUUAUCUGGUGCGAGCCUCGAGUCCACAGAUCCAUGUGGCUCGCACCUCUUUCUCUCCCUCCCGGACGACGUCCUGGCCAUCAUCUCCCGCUCCCUCCACCCCCGCGACACAUGCAAUCUCAGCCUCUGCUGCCGUGCCUUUCAAUCCCUGGCCCACUCAGACAAAAUCUGGCACGUCCAGUGCUCCCGCCUUCAGCUUCUCCCGCCCCGCGAGCUCACCGAAUGGCGUGUCGCGUUCCCCUCGUACAAAUCCAUAUGCCUUUUCCUGCUCCGCAUCCAGCCCCUCCUCGGCCUGUGGGUCCACCAAAACCCCGAGCUCGGCAACGUCGUCUACAUCAUGCCCGGCUUCGCCUCCGUCGUCGCCUGCCGCGUCAUCCCUCAGGAGCUGGGUCCAUCCGGCAUCGACGGCAGUCCCCUUCUGUGGGCCCCAGUCUUCGAGAUCGUUGCCCUGCCCGACGGCUCCCCUGCCUUCUUCCUCCACGGCCGUGAGCGCGAUUCCGACUACUUCUACCCUGGCUUGCUGAGAUCCGUCGAAAGCAACUGCAACGUGCUGCUGCUCGAGGUCGAGCCGCGUGGCAGCAGCGGAGGCAAGCUGUCGCACACGAAGAGCAUGGCCCGCCAUUGCGAUUCGGAUGCGGAGCCAUCAAGGGCAAUCGGACGGUCCAACAGCAGCCUUUCGAGAUCAAGCAGGAUGGCGGCAACUGCUGCGGCCUCGGCGUCUGCCGUGGUGCCGUUCAGCCGCUUGGCUUUUGGAGACCGGCGGAAGAUGCUGGAGCUCGUUGCGAACCAGGUCGGGCUCAAGGUUCCUGAUUCUUUGAGUCGCAGCCCGCUGUUUGUGAGAUCGGGUGAAGAAGUAGCGAAGGAGAUGGUGCUAUUGCUGGAGCGGAGAUCGUUGCUUGUCCAGAUGUACAAGGUUGGAGAGGGGCGUGUUAAUUGGUGGGGAAUGCCUGGGCUGUGGUCGGAUGGGCGCCAGAUGGAUUCCGGCAAGACAACGAAGAAAAUUCUCGACCGUUCAGGGACUUGGCAUUCAUUGACUGUGAAUUGGGAUGAGGGAGCCCCUUUGCAGACCGGGAAGAGGAGAAGUGUCGCUGGCUAUUUCAAAGACGGUCUGAAACAAAUGCUCGGGAGGUCGAAUUCAGCAAAUGGUAACAGUAGCAUGCUGUUUUUGAAGAAUGGCUCUCCAAGCACUAGUGAGCGUAAGCAUGCUCCCCUGCAGGAAUUUCUGAGAGCGAGUGACACGAUUGGACUGAGCUUGGUCGCUUCAAAGGUGAAGCUCUCUAGUUAUCGAGCAUGGCCCAAUAUGCAUGACAAUCGCUAUGCCCUGUACAAGUUGCCAUUACAGGUGCCGGGGCCUGAUCAUGAAUAUGCUGGUUUGUGGGGCGGGUCUUUCGGUUGGCCACCUGGACGGCCCACCGAAGACAAGCCAGCAAAGGCCUUGUUCUUCGUUUUGAUUUCGUAUGAUGAGACAGAGGGGCAGCGGAUGCUCAUUGCAACGAAGAUUUUGGAAGGGACCCACUAUGUUCUUCAUCCCAAUGGAUCCGCGAUGUUUAUCGUUAAGGUUGAUGAGCCAUCAUCAGAUCCAUUCCCAUGGGAUGUUGAUGGAGAUUCUGUUCGCGUGGAAAUAAAACAAGCUUACCAUGGAGAGGGAAUUGCAAAUGGGUAUGGUUUUAGAUAUCCAGGUUCGAAGCCUGGUGCAUUGUUCGUGACUCAAAAUGGACUUCUUGCCUUCGUUUGGAAUGAAACCAAGGCAGUCUUGACCUUGCAGCGGCUCAACCUACAAAAUCUCCUGAAGAGAGGCGAAAGGGUGCCAGCUCUAUCCGCAAUUUUCAAUUUUUCAUAUUUGACCAAGUCACAUUCGAAUGUGUUUGUAGGCUCUGCAAGCGCCUCACAUUGUUUGCCUUCUCCAAGGAACUUUCAUUGACGGGAAGUUACACUGAUCUAUGAAGUGAGCAUGUAUAAGAUACUCCACCGCUCUGAUUCCACAGAGUGAAUUGAAAUCAUGCUUGGGAGCACGGCAGCAGCCUAUGCUUCGAAGUACAGAAGCUGAUUUGUCCUCUUGGUGAGAAGUUCAGCUUUCGGAACUCAAAAGGCUCAUCAAGAAUUGGCAGUGUUGCCAAAGCUACUGUGAGGAGCUCUGGAAUUCUUUUUUGAAUUAGCGUAGGAUGAAGUGAUAUAUUUUCUGUUGGCUUUGUUCAAACCGAUAUUGUCUACGGAAUUCGAGUAUAUAUGAAAUAAUUGCAAAGCAAUGGAUAAUAGCAUCCUGCAUCAGGGAUCACUCACAUCAGUAUGCAAGGAAUGGGAAAAAUCUGACCAAAUGAUCCUGCUAAAAUUCCAUCCACCUAUCCAAAUAUCAGCAGGCCAUAGAGGGUGCUCUAUUAUAAUCCCUCUGCAUGGAUGGAUCGAUUUCUUCCACUUUUCAAUGUGGAGCAUAUCUUCUCUCUGGAAAACUUGCCUUCCUUGACAGGUACGCAAGUGGUAAUUGGUAAUUGCACUUCUCUUUUGUGUUGCAUUGUUAACUGGAAUAUUCACAAUUGUCCUUUUCAUCUGUUUUCUUAUGGCAUAGCACCAGAACCUUGUCUCUA